GGCUGUUUGUGCAGCAGCAGCCGGCGGCGGCGGCCUUCCGCGAGCUUCCCGGGGCCGCGCGAUGUUUUGCAGGCGCCUCGGCGGAGAUGGGGCUCGGGGAGCGGCGCUGCAAAGCUGGGCCGGCGGCAGCGGCAGGAAGAAAAGCCACGACGACGACGACGACUGCUGCUGCUGCUUUAACUCGGCCGAGGGAGGGACGUCCCGAUCGCCUUGAGAGCGCGCGGCUCCAGCGGGGCGGCGAGACAGAGUAGGCGGCGGCGGCCCCGGCGCGCAAGCCCAGGGCGGCUCGGCUCGCCUCCGCGCAGGGGCGCACGGAAGAGGCAGGAGAGGAGAAACGCGGCUCCCUCCCCGCUGCGGGCUCCGGGCUCCCUGCUCCGCUGGCUUUCGUAGCCUGGAGUGGCCCGGGGCCCGGCCAUGUCCGCUUUCUGCUUGGGGCCCGUUUCAGCACCAUCGGAACUGGACAGCGCCUGCCGCAUGGAACUGCAAGGGCCGCCCCAGUCGACGUCGGAGGGGGGAGCCAAGGACAGCCGGAGCUCGCCCACAACCGGGCCCGCCGCCGCCGCUUCCUCUUCCUCGGCCUUCGAGGUGGGCGGCUCGGAAGGAGAGCUGGAGCUGGAGGAAGAGCUGGCUCUGCUAGCCGCCGCCGGGGAUGCUGCGCCCGGGGAGCCCGAGUCCAUGGGCCCGGCGGAGGCGGCUCCGCAGCCGGAGCUGCUCUCCCUGAUGAGGCAGAAGGAGAAGGAUUUGCUGUUAGCAGCGCGGCUCGGGAAGGCGCUGCUGGAGCGCAACCAGGAUAUGAGCCGCCAGUACGAGAGGAUGCACAAGGAGCUGACGGAUAAGCUGGAGCACUUGGAACAAGAGAAGCAUGAACUAAGGCGACGCUUUGAGAACAAAGAAGGAGAAUGGGAAGGACGAGUGUCGGAGCUGGAAAGCGAUGUGAAGCAACUCCAGGAUGAGCUGGAGAAGCAACAGGUUCACCUCCGAGAAGCUGAUCGAGAGAAAACGCGGGCAGUCCAGGAACUCUCUGAACAGAACCAAAGACUCUUAGAUCAGCUCAGCAGGGCAUCGGAGGUGGAAAAACAGCUCUCUAUGCAGGUUCAUGUCCUCCAAGAGGACUUCAGGGAGAAGAAGUCAUCGACCAGCCAGCACAUCGUACGACUCGAGAGCCUUCAAGCAGAGCAAAUCCUUGAAAUUAAGAUGCUUACGGAUAGGAAGCACGAGCUGGAGCGUCGGCUGAGUGCCAUGAUGGAAGAAAACAACCUUCUUCAGGGGACGGUGGAGGAGCUUCAAGAUCGCGUGUUGAUUUUGGAGCGGCAGAGUCACGAGAAGGACCUGCAGUUGCAUCAGAACCAGCUAGAACUUCAGGAGGUGAGACUGUCUUAUCGGCAACUGCAGCUAAAGGUAGAUGAACUCAGCGAGGAGAGAAGCCUCCAGAAUUUCAACUCUACCAGCACGUCUUUGCUCUCAGAGAUUGAGCAGAGCAUGGAGGCCGAGGAACUGGAGCAAGAGAGAGAACAGGUAGCAUCAAAACUCUUGGCUCCAGAAGAAUUGGGUGCAGCACAGCUCAGACUCCAGCUCUGGGAGGCCUACUGCCAGGUCCGAUACUUGUGCACUCACCUUCGAGGGAACGACAGUGCGGAUUCUGCGGUCUCCACGGACUCUUCCAUGGACGAGUCAUCGGAAACCUCCUCGGCCAAAGAUGUGCCGGCUGGUAGCUUGCGGGCUGCCCUCAGCGAGCUGAAGAGGCUGAUCCAAAGUGUGAUAGAUGGCACAGACUCCACGAGCUCACGGCGAAGCGAUGAUGAUGCCUUAGAAGAACAGAUCAAGCAGACGAGCGAAGAUUCGAGAGCCUUGAGGGAGUUGAUGGAAGGCGAAAGGGGGAAACUGAGGCAGAGCCUGGAAGAGCUGCAGCAGCUCCAUAGCCAGGUGACACUACUGAGUGUAGAGAUGACUUCCCUGAAAGAGGAACGGGACAGACUCCGGGGAUCAGUAGAUGAUAAGGAUAUGAGCGAACAACUCUUGAAGGCUAUCAGGGAUCGGGAUGAAGCAAUCGCCAAGAAGAACGCUGUCGAAAUGGAGCUAGCCAAAUGCAAGAUGGACAUGAUGUCACUGAAUAGUCAGCUCUUGGAUGCUAUUCAGCAGAAGCUUAACCUUUCGCAGCAGCUGGAGGCGUGGCAGGAUGACAUGCAGAGGGUCAUUGACCAGCAGCUGAUGGACAAACAUCCAAAGGAGUGGAGCCAGCCCACCUAUUCCUUCUCCAGCGGUCACGGGGCAAAGCGGCGCACUAGACCCUCCCCCUUGCUGAGGCCAGAGCAGCAGGAGUCAGAGCCCAGCGGGGCAGAAGGGAACCGCCUCUUUUCUUUUUUCAAGAAAAAUUAAUUGGACAAGAGCAACCACUCUCCAUUCCUUUUUUUCCCCCUUCCCUUUUCCUUUUUUAUUUUUAUUUUUUGAGAUGAAGGCUGCUGGAGAGAGAUUCAGCAAGCCCAGCUUGUGAUGGAUGACGGUCUCCAAUUCCGGUCACAGAAGAAGCCGCCAAAAAAGAAAAGAAAAAAAGGGGGGCAAGGAGUCCCGUCCCCCACCCUUAAGAACACUGCACUAAUCUUGCAGGCUGCGUGGUCUGAACUCAAUGUUUACAUGCGUCAUAGUCCAAUCGCCGGUCUUCUGCGCGAUAGCAAUUGAAAAGGACACUCUUUGAUACCUUAAAGCAACAUGAUAAGAAAACACACAACCUUCAGGGUCUCUUGUUAGGUCCACUCUGUUUCUGCUGUGAGUAAUCCAGAUGUCUUAAAAGUCAUUCUCUUCUGCAAAAAGAGGAAACUUUAAAGGACCAGUUAAGAUGUAGGAGCCAAGGAAGGGCCGGGGGCCGGGGGGGGGCAGACGGGGAAGAGAGAGAAAGGGGGAAAUACCCAUUCAUUUUAUUGGCUGAGUUUCCAUUCUUUUCAUCAGACCAGAGGGCAACAGGUUGGCAAAGGCCGGUCAUGCUUAUCUGUCCAUUUUUCAAAAAUGAGAGAGAGAGAGAGAGAGAGAGAGAGAGAGAGAGAGAGAGAGAGCAGUCGUGGCUUCUGGUUUGGGCAGAGCCAGGCAGAACUCAACAGAUGGAGGAGUGUUUGUGCUCUGUCCUGGUCUCUCUCAGGGUGGGUGACUAAGCAAAAAUGUAAGCACACUGAAGGCAGUUCAGCUUCCACGUCAGCUCUGUUCCCUGCUCUCCUUUCCCAAAGGUUGUGGCUGCAAGGAAAUGGGCAAGUCUCUAGCCAGCUGGAAGUUGCAAGUAUGCUGCAGCAGGAGUCUAAGAGGGGCAGCCGCUCCUGUGCCUAAACAAGCACCAUACCCAACAAGCAAAACAAUCCCUGGACAAAUCCUGCUGUCUCUGCUUGUGAGAACCAGAGCCCAGGUUUUUGCAAAUCCUUGGAAUUCACAGUAUUCCCCCACCUCCUCUCCCAAGUUUUUGGGACCACUUGCUGUCUUCUAACCCUUAGGCCAGGGCUGGCCACGUGGUGCCGUCCAGAUCUUGUUGGACUACAGUUCCCAAUAUUAUGAAUCUUUGGCCAUGCUGGCAGGGGCUGAUGGGAGUCCAACAAGAUCUGGAGGGCACCAUGCUGGCAAGGGCAAGUGGCAAGUGCCGCCCUGCCCUGCCAGUGACAGAGAAGUGGUGCCAGCCUCGGCGCCAAUUUUGGGAGAGAUCUUGCAUGUAAUCCUGAAAUCAGCACCAAUGCCUGUGCUGGCAGUGGUCUGCCCACAGAGGUGCUGCCUUGGGGGCUUUUGCUGCCUGAGGCAGUGGCCUCACCCCACUAGCCCUGAUGUUGGCUAUCUCUGCCUAGGUGCUACCCCCCCCCCCUGCUGCUAUUGUGAGGUUAAAUUGGGAGUGAGGCUCAUGGAAGAAUAGAAAUGACAGGAGCGUGGCAUUUUCACAAAGGGUAGGCUCUACUGCUGAGAUGCGGGAGCUGUUGAGACUUCACUCUGAUCCUCACUGACUCCCAACCAGCAUGGUCAAUGGUCAGGGAUACUAGGAGUUGGGGUCACAGGUUCCUCACCCCAGCAUAGGUUAAUCCAGAUUCCAUCAUUUCUUGGCAUGGUAGUGUUCUAGGCUAGGGGGAGCCAACAUGAUGCCCUGUGGGUGCUGUUGGGACACCCAAUGUCUUGACUAUUGGGCCUGUUGAGAAUCCAUCUUCAAAUUGGAGGAAGGUUUGGGGGAGCUCCAAUCUAGAAGUGGCAGAGCUGAGAUGCAGGUGGACUUUAUGAGAACAAGUCCUUUUCAAACCAUAGACAGUAGGUGGUGUAUGAACGCCCAGUCUGCUGUUCUAUCUUCUCUUGGCCCUCCAAAAACAGAAACCCAACUCUUGCACCUGCUGCAGAUGCCCUUCACAGCUGGAGCAGCCAGCAGAAAUAAACUUGUCCCUUAUAGAUUUAGAUUUAGUGCACACUAUACAUUUGAAGCACAUUUCCCCCUUAGAAUUCUGGGCACUAAAGUUUGCUAAGAGUUGCUGGGAAUUGUAACUCUGUAAGGGAUAAACCACAGUGCCCAGAAUUAUUUAAGGGAAAGAAUGUAUUUUAAAGAUAUAGUGUGUUACAGUCUUAAUCUGGUAACUGGCUGUUAGAGCAGAAUGCUUGCAAGGGAAAGACAAUAGCUUAUGAAAAGGAUGAGAAACCUGUAGCCUACUGGCUGCUGUUUAACUACAGUUCCCAUCAUGCCCCUAACUAUGUCGGCUGGGGUUGAUGAGUGCGGCAGUCCAACAUACGGAGGUCCGUGGGACAGAUAGUGCUGGUUUAUGUAGAAAGGAAUCCCUGCGCUGUGAGUUCUGUUAUACCAGGGGUGGGGAACCUGUUGUUACUGGAAUCCCAUCUGCCCCCAGCCAGCCUGGCCAAUGGUCAGGAGUUGUAGUUCAGCAGUAUCUAGCCCAUAGGUUCCUGAUCCCUGCAUUACACCAGUCUGGAACAGAACCAGAGUGGCAACAUUCAUAAAGGUAUUCUGGUUAAAAUAGUGUGUAACAGAACCAGUUAUCUAUAUCCAUACACUGGUUUGGCAGACAGCAUCCUUGAGCACUGUGGGUCUUCCUUUUGAGUAAAAGCAUGCAUAGGGUGAGGCUGAAAUCUUAGGGGGGUGGGAAGGAAAGCAGCGUCUUUCCUAAAAUGUGAUACACCAUAUUUUGCCGCCUUCUCCUGAAAGGUUAGCUGCUGCCCACUGCAUUAUGGGAUAGUGAACUGAAAGCAAUAACGAGAGAACAGGGAGGGCUGGUCUCCCUCCCCCCCCCCCGCCUUGAGAAACCUGACAGCCACACUUGUAGACUGUUUCCAGGAGUUGCCAGUCCCCCACCCACGCUCUCUGUGGAGCAUUGCCAUCUGUCAUAACAGCACAGCUCCACGCCCCCCCACCUCCAGCCACAUCAUAUUGUGAUAUUAUUGAACUACACAGCCAGGGGUGAUGGAGCUUCGUGACAGGAGUGGGGAGCUCCAUUAAUUUGGGAGAAGAGGGUGGCUGCAGAGCAAUUGCAAGGAGCCACACUGCCCGUUUUAUCUCCCCCCUCCCCACAUUAGCUGAAAAUCCUCACUAGGGGCAUCAGUUGUGGUAUCACUACCUAAAGAUCAGACCAGACAAACAAAACAUUGCACAGAUUCAUUCAGUUAAUUCUUGCACCUAAAAGUACACCAUGGUAUAUUUUGGAACAGGAAAGGGAAAACUGUGUCCUGUUCCACCCGCCACCCCCAUUCUGGGGACUGCGACUCCCAUCAGCCUCAGCCAUUGUGAUCCAGCUGGAGUCCAACAACAGCCCAAGGGCUGCAGUCGUUCCCCUCUGUGUUUUAGAGCCUGGCAUGUGUUUUGCCUGUAAGCAGGAGGCAGACUGAUAAUGCAAGAGGGGCACUUGUAGAGUCUCUGGCUCCCUCCAUCAUUGAUCACUGCCAAGUAGCUAACCUUUCCUUAGGAGGAGCAAAGAAAGCUACAGUAAAACAGUGGCAGGAGAGAGAUGGCCCACAGCUCCUGCUUUCCCUGUGUAUGGCUAUCUGGGAUCCUUUUCAGCUUUCUCUGGCUGUGGGUUGGGCAGGCUCAGCAUUGUCAAGAAGGAAGCAGAGCUAGCAAGCCCCAUGGGUACACUUCACACUGGAGGUGCAAUGGGCCACCAAGUCUAUUGCCUAUAGCAAAAAAGAAAGUAAUCAGGAUCCAGAGAGGCCCAGUUCCACAUGGCAAAACUGAUCCUCAUUUUUACCAUUUGGAGGAGGGCAAGAGAGAUUGCAUGGGUGAAUGCCUGUCUGUAAUAAAAUAAAUCCCUGCACAUCAAAAACUUGCCUACCAGGAAAGAAGGCAACUCUAGAACAUUUCUCAAAGUUUUAUUUUAUGUGCAAUUAAGAAGAAGAAAAAUGAGGAGCAUUCAGUUGCUCAAUUCCCCAUUAUAGAGCCCGAAGUAAUAUAGCCCAGGAAGUGAGCAGUACAUAGCCUUUUUAAGAACAUCGUAAGAACCUUCUUGCCGGAUCAGGCCCAUCUAUUCCAGUAUCCUGUUCUCACGGUAGCCAACCAGCCCUUUUCACACACGAUUUGAUCUAGGCUGUAAGCCAGAGCUGGGGCAAGCCUACAGUCCUUCAGACAUUUCUGGACUCUCAGUGCCCAUCAUCCGUCACCCACUGGCCAUGUUGGUGGGGCUAAUGGGAACUGGAGUCUAACAACAGCUGGAGGGCCAGAGGUUGCCCAGCCCAUCAUAAGGGAACUAGGAACCUACUAGCAAUGAGCAUUCCCCACAGACCAUGGCAGGUUCUGGGGACAGUUUGCACCUCCAGAGGCCCUCGGAUCUGGAUCUGUCAGCGUUCCCCACUUCAGCAGCUCAAGCCGCUUACCCAAAAGUAAAGCGAGAUGUGCCUGGGAGCUGCAUCAAUAGGCUUCCCCCACCCUGCCCAAAGCCCUUGGAAACCAAGCACACAGCAGGGAUGAACAGACAGAAUGUAUCUAUAGAGGUAUAUGUACAUAUUACACAGUGCAGUAAUUUUUGUAUGUAGCAGUAAUGUAAAUAAAUGUACUUUUUAUAUAAAUAUAUAUAAGAUAUUCUAUAAAGGCAUAUUUUAGUAGAAAACGCCGCUCUACUGCUUCUUUUGUAAAUAGUUCUCGUCAGAAUAAAAUGGGUCCUUUCUA